AUGCUAGCACUUGUUUCGCUCGUUGCUUGGCUUUGGCCCGAGCCAAUCUUUCAGCUAGAGCCAGGAACCCCUCCUAUCAACCCUUGCCUCUGGAAUCUUGCUGCCAUGCUUACCGGAGGCCACAUCGGCCUCACGCACAUGCUUCUUCUUGUCCCUGCUGUAUUCUUCUAUUCCGUCAUAAUGCCGACCCGUAUCCUCAGCCUCCUUCCCUCUCCCGCAGGACAACCUAAAGUCGAGAUUUGCUGGCCAGGUGUCCUUGCGGGCCUUGGCGCCAACCUCGCAGUGUCAUGGGCCUACACAGACCAGGGCCUCGCCUUGCGAAUUUGGUUUCCGGUCUACUGCUUCACUUUCGGCGUCGUCCCUUAUGUCUUGCAGCUUGUCGCUGUCAAGUUUCCCUCUUGUGCCAUGCGUAUCGCUACCGUACUAGCAUGA